CUUUUUGAAGAGGAAUGUCGUCAAUGCUAUAAUGAAAAGACAAAUCCUAAAAAAUUCUCUGUAGAGAAUAAUAUGGAUCCUAAGGAAGUUCCACAAGAACUCAAAAAUUUAACUAGUAUUGAGGAAAUGCUUAUUGCACAAGUAUUUCCUGUAAUUUCAGUAUAUAACUUACAUAGAGGGCAAUACACAUAUUGUGGAAAUGUUAUUAAUUUUUCACAAGACCUACAAGAAUUUGUAACUUGCCUCCUCCACGAUUCAUUAUCAUUAGAUGUAUUAAUUGUUCAACACCAUUCUACUAACAGUCCCGAAUUUUCUGAUGAAAUUUUGGAAUCCUUACUUGAAAAUGAUGAAGAUAAUGAGUUAAAUGAGGAUAAGUUAAUUUCACAAUCCUUUGUUUCUUCUAUACUACCUGGGCAGAAGGAAGAUAGUACAAUUAAUAGCACCCUUAGUCGAAUGCAGCAAGGUGCUGCAGAUCUUCAUGCUCAUCGAAUAAGAGAAGCAUUAUCUGAAAGGCAUGUGUUUAUUAAACAAAAUUUAGAAGAAAGGCAACUUACUAUAGAGGAGGUUAUAGAUUUAAUACAAAAUGACACCCAUAUGGCCGACCAGGUUGUUAGAUCUGAACUAACUGAUAUAAUAAAACAAUUGGGAUCUAAGGAAAUGGUAUUUUUUACAUUCAGUACUGCUGAUAUGCAAUGGCCUGAUUUAUAUAAACUUAUGCCUAAUGGAGAGUGUCCUAUAGAAGAAAUCAAUCAAGAAGCUGCUAGAUGCUAA